AUGGCAUCUUCUACUUUGAUAGCUAUUAUGUUCUUUCUCUUCAUUGAAAUGCACUUUCAUGGUGUCAUUGCUAACUAUGGCGGUUGGCAGAGUGGUCAUGCCACUUUCUAUGGUGGUGGUGAUGCUUCUGCUACAAUGGGAGGUGCAUGUGGUUAUGGAAAUUUGUACAAUCAAGGAUAUGGAACAAACACUGCAGCACUAAGCACAGCUUUGUUCAACAAUGGUUUGAGCUGUGGGGCUUGUUAUGAAAUGAGGUGUGUUGGUGAUCCAAGAUGGUGCAAACAUAGCACCAUUGUUGUUACUGCCACAAACUUUUGUCCACCAAAUUCUGCUUUGCCAAACAACAAUGGUGGUUGGUGUAAUCCUCCCCUACAACACUUUGAUAUGGCAGAACCUGCUUUCCUUCAAAUUGCUCAAUAUAAAGCUGGAAUUGUGCCUGUAUCAUUUAGAAGAGUGUCAUGCAUAAAAAAGGGAGGAAUAAGGUUCACAAUCAAUGGCCACUCUUACUUCAACUUGAUUUUGAUCACCAAUGUCGCGGGAGCAGGAGAUGCCCAUGCAGUGUCAAUCAAAGGGUCCAAAACUAGCUGGCAACCCAUGUCAAGAAAUUGGGGCCAAAACUGGCAGAGCAAUUCCUACCUUAAUGGACAAAGCCUCUCUUUUAAAGUAACCACUGGUGAUGGUAGAACUGUGACAAGCUACAACGUGGCACCAGCUAAUUGGCAAUUCGGUCAGACCUUUCACGGGAGUCAGUUUUAGACUUUCGUAAAAUGUGGGGCAGGUUAGUGAAAAAGUUUGUAGGUAUUAAUUAAAAGUCAAUUCUGUUAUAGACCUCUUUUGAUAGAUGGUAUAUAGUGUAUUAACAUUUAAAAAUCGUCUUGCGGCUUUGGAAUAGAAGGGAUUGUGGAGUUGAGUUUCAAUCAUGUCAUUUUUUUCAUGGACUCAAGUUGGUUGUAGACCAGUUUAAUAGACACUCUCGGGAUUAGACGGAAGUAGGCGCUAUUCUUGUUGCAUGUAGGAGCCUAAUUGGUUUAUGUAACAACUCUUGUGUGGAGUUUUCUAGGCAGUCAAUGCAAUUUCUCAUCUUUAUUGUGAUGUUUCAACAUGUAUUGAUCAUUUGAUCUUUAAUUAUAUGAAUUAGUUUUCCUCUUGUAAAACAACUAUAUUUAAAAAUCGUCUAAAAUUCUAAUGAUGAUCGAUGUUAUCCUCUAUAAGUAGAAACUCUGAUCCACGUCCUCAUCGUUCAGAUAGUGACAUGAUAUGUGCCGGUUAGACAAAAACAAACCAGAUAGAUAUUAAUUUCUCAAAAUCUUUUAUUAAUUUCUUUUUGUUUUAAUCAAGCUGUGACAACACAAAUUAUAUCAACAUUUAGUUGUGUAAUCAAAGAGACCAGAGAAUACAAUUUACCACAAUUUCUAGCAAUUCCUACAAAACU